AAUGGAGAUGAAUGAAUAUUUAGUAAAGGAGGAUCCUUUAAUAUGUACAAUAUGCUUAGAUUUAUGGAUUGGAAAGAAUCCUAGAGCUCUACCUUGUCAGCAUACAUUUUGCGAAGAUUGUUUAAAAACAACUAUCGCUAAUAAAUGUAUAGUUUGUCCUCAGUGCCGUUUACGAACUCAACUACCAAAUGGCAAGAUAUCUGAUUUACCUAAGAGUGUUUUCGAUAGUAACAUAACGAUAAAUUCAGUUCAAUUUUGCUCUAGACAUUAUCAAAAGCUUAUAGAACCAAGAUUUGUUUGUCAAAGUUGUCAUAUGGAGAAUUUAUGCGAAGAAUGCCUCAAUAAUUGCCAUACUCAAAGUACUUGCGUCAUAAAAUCGCACGAAUCUAUAAAACAAGAUUCAAAAGAAUUUAAAGAUAACUGCCAAAAGCAUAUAAACCAAUGGACAAUUUCAAUUAAAAAUGAAAUUGAUUACCUUCAAAAGAAACUAUUUGAAUUAGAGAAAACUUGGUAUAGUACAAUUAGAGAGAAAUUAAUAAAAUUAAGAAAUAGGAUAGAGAAAUACGAAGAAGAUAAAUUUGGAAUACUUAAGACAAUAUCCGAAAAUAUUGAAAAUACAUUUUUCGACGAAGAUCUAUGGAUAGAAAGUAUUAAAACUAUUACAAAUACUGUAUUAAUUGAUAAUAAUAAAUUGGAAAUUCAAAUUGAUUACGAUAUAAUGGAAAGUGAAUUGAAUGAUUUAAAAAUAAUUAAAACUUCUAGCGAAUUAACUACAAACUCUCCAUUUCAUACUUGCUUCUCAUUUGGUACAGAUGGAUACUACGGUCUCAAUCCUAUAAUAGAUGCAAAGAAACUUCUUUAUAUAUCAGGUUUAAAUGUAAAUAAUAACAAACAAUUCCAAUUAGAUAAAUCUAUAUCCAAUUUUGUUAUUUCGGACAAUUAUAUUUAUGCGUUAGAAGAGGAAACUGGUAGAUUAUUAAGUGCUAAGAAACCUUUUGAUCAAAUGAUUAAUUUAAAUAUUAUCAAUGAAGAUGAAAAAUUUGAUAGUCUAGUUAUCACAGAAAAUAUAGAUAUUGAUGAAAGAUAUGCUCUUCUAAAUACAACUGAUUCAACUUUAAUAUUUUUAAAUAAUGAUAAAUUUAUUUGGAAAAAUACGUCGUUAUCUUCUGCUAUAGCUGAUUUUUGUAUUCUAAACAAUGGAACUUCAAUUGUAGCUUCAAAAAAUCUUUUAUUCUUUUUUGAUAAAGAGGAUGGUAACAUUUUACGUAAAAUCAAAACGGAAAUAUCCAUUCCUAUAUCAGUUUGUUCUCAUCCUAAAUCUGGAUUUUUUCAAGUUAAUCUUAAUGAAUCUAUUAUAAAAUACUAUGACGAUAAUGUAAACUUGAACAGAGUGUAUUUUGUCGGCUAUAGUCCAUGGUGUAUAAGAUUUUCAAAUUGUGAUCAAUUCUACCUUAUUAACGAUAUUGUUAUGUCUAAUCAUAUCUUUUUCAGAUUUAAAUUAACUAUUUAA